UUUCACGGCAGAAGAACUCCUGACCCCAGGUCUCCACUGCUGCGGUGCAAAAGACAUGUUCUGAAAGGGGAAGUGUCUGGAUGAUUUUGGCCCAGAAAGGAAUCAUUCUUUUCAUUUGGAGGGGUUGGACUCUGAGUUGUGACCACAGAGCUCAGGUCAGUCAGCUCCUGAAGACCAGCACCCACCUGUGUAGCAAAGGCCUGCGAGUCCCCUGACACGUUGUUCACUGUCAGUAUCAGCUGCUGUAGUUUCACCAGGCGGUGCCAUCACGGUCUGAGAGACCACGACACACCUGUAGGCUGCUUCAAGGAAGUCUGAAAAUAGGUGGCACCAACAGGUCGGACCAGAUUUGGGCACAGUCAUGUGACUCCAAAUCAAAGCGCUGGAUAGUGUCGAUAGUGUUGAUCUGCAGAGGGAAUCCUUGCCCUCCUCCUCCUCCUCCUCCUGCCUGGAGCUCCUGAGGGAUCCUGCUACUCUUCCCUGUGGACACACCUGCAUGUUUCCAGUCUCUCGAGCUCCGAUCAUCCAGGCGGUGGUGGAACACACUCACACACAUGGUGACUCACUGCUGUGGAUCAUCGAACACAAUCUGAGGUCACAACUUUGGACCGGAACAACUGAGCUCCGACAUGGACCCGAGACUGAGGAGGGGAGCCUCGCUCACAGCUGCAGCACAGAAGAGGGACUACACCCUGAAGCAGGAUGAGAUUAUAAUCCGGCCUCCAUCACUUGCCUUUGGUCGUCUGGAGAAGAUCUUUUGGAGACAUAACGGCGAGAAAGUUGCUACAUUUGACAGUGGCAAACAACAUUUCUACGGCUCCUAUGACGGCAGAACCAUACUGGACCGGUUUAGUGCAACACUCUUCAUCAGAGAAGUGCAGUUGGAGGACAGAGGAGAAUAUGAGCUGGAGGUUUGGGUCAAAGAUCAGAACCACCAGACUAAAAAAGAGUAUCAUCGUUGGGAGGUGACAGCUGAAGUGUCCAUCACCAGUGUUUCCUGUGAGAUGGAUGGUGACCACCAGGCAAAGCUGGUCUGCUCUGCUGAGUCCAGUCACCCUCAGCUACUGAACUAUGAGUGGAGCUUCAAGGGAACUAAACAUCGCGGCUCCAACCUGACGAUUGGUCUGGAGGAGGAACAUGACGAGACGGUGUUCACCUGUCGUGUCAGCAGCCCUCUGAGUGAAGACAAAGCUACUUUAGCAGCCAGGAAAUGUUACCCAGAAACUCCAGAGUCUGUGGUGCCGACUGUCGUCCCCAUCGUCGCCGUGUUGAUGGUGGCUGUGCUUCUGAUUGUGGGCCUGGUGGUCUGGAAGAGACGUCAAGCUCACCGUGCAAAAGCGAAGGAAGCUGAUGUGGAACUCCAGGCAGCAAUCCAAAGUUCAUCUGAGGAAGAGAACCAGGCCAGAGAAGAACAUCCUCUCAUGAAGUGGCCCCCUGACCCUGUGGAUCAGGGAAGUCGUGCUGCAGAGUGUGGAGGACGACUGAAGAGGAGGCUGAAGGAGCAGUUCCACAGUGUGUCUGAGGGGGUCGCUAGAGCAGGAAACUCUGCCCCUCUGAAUCAGAUCUACACAGAGCUCUACAUCACUGAGGGGGGCACAGAGCAGGUCAACCAGGAGCACGAGGUCCGACAGAUCGAAGAAGCAACCAGGCAGCAGACCAGAGCAGGAACUACCAUCAGAGCAGAAGACCUCUUUAAAGCCUCAGCUGACACAGAGCGACCAAUCAGGAGCCUGCUGACGAAGGGCGUGGCUGGCAUUGGGAAGACCCUCCUGACACAGAAGCUGACUCUGGACUGGGCUGAAGACAAAGCCCACCACAACUUCCAGCUGGUGUUUCCUUUCACCUUCAGAGAGCUGAACCUGCUGAAAGAGAAGAAGUUGAGUUUGGUGGAACUUGUUCAUCACUUCUUUCCUGAAGCCAAAGACUCAGGACUCAGCAGCUUUGAAGGAGUCCAGGUUCUGUUCAUUUUGGACGGUCUGGACGAGUGUCGACUCCCUCUGGACUUCAACAGUCGGGUCCUGACAGCAGCUACAGAGUCCACCUCAGUAGAUGUCCUGCUGACCAACCUCAUCAGGGGGAACCUGCUUCCCUCAGCUCAGCUCUGGAUCACCACACGACCUGCAGCAGCCAAUCAGAUCCCUCCUGAGUGUGUGGACAGGGUGACAGAGGUCAGAGGGUUCACUGACCUCCAGAAGGAGGAGUACUUCAGGAAGAGGUUCAGAGAUGAGGAGCAGAGCACCAUCAUGUCUCACAUCAGGAGCUCACGAAGCCUCUACAUCAUGUGUCACAUCCCCAUCUUCUGCUGGAUCACUGCCACAGUUCUGGAGGACAUGUUGAAGAGCAGAGAGACCAGAGAGCUGCCCAAGACCCUGACUGAGAUGUACAUCCACUUCCUGGUGGUUCAGGCCAAAGUCAAGAAGCUCAAGUACCAUGGAGGAGCUGAGACAGACGAGGUUUGGACACCUGAGAGCAGGAAGAUGAUGGAGUCUCUGGGAAAACUGGCUUUUGAGCAGCUGCAGAGAGGACACUUGAUCUUCUAUGAAUCAGACCUCACAGAGUGUGGCAUCGACAUCACAGCUGCUGCAGUUUACUCAGGAGUCUUCACACAGAUCUUCAGAGAGGAGAGAGGACUGUACCAGGACAAGGUCUUCUGCUUCAUCCACCUGAGUCUUCAGGAGUUUCUCGCUGCUCUUUAUGUCCACCUGAAGUUCUUCAACUCUGGAGUCAAUCUGCUGGACUCACAACAAACACUUGAAACCAAACAUCCAGAACAGUUCUACCAGAAAGCAAUAAAUGAAGCUGUAGAAAGUCCAAAUGGACAUCUGGACUUGUUCCUGCGCUUCCUCCUGGGUCUUUCUCUGCAGACAAACCAGAGGCUCCUUCCAGGUUUGUUGACCCAGACAGGAAGUAGCUCCCGGAUCCAUCAGGACACAGCAGAGUUCAUCAGGAAGAAGAUCAGUGAGAAAGUGUCUCCAGACAGAAUCAUCAAUCUGUUCCACUGUCUGAGUGAACUGAAGGUCACUUCUCUGGUGGAGGAGGUGAAUCAGCUGCUGAGAUCAGGAGCUCUCUCCACAGCUCAGCUGUCUCCUGCUCAGUGGUCCAGCCUGGCCUUCAUCUUACUGUCCUCAGAGGGAGAUCUGGACGUGUUUGACCUGGAGAACUGCUCUGUUUUAGAGAAGGUUCUUGAGAGGCUGCUGCCGGGGCUCCAAGCCUCAAAAGACGUUCAACUGAGAGGGUGGAGCCUGUCAGUGAGAAGUGGUUCCCUUCUGUCCUCAGUCCUCAGCUCUCCGUCCUCUAGUCUGACACAACUGGACCUGAGUGAGAACUGGGACCUGAAGGAUGCAGGAGUGGAGCUGCUGUCUGCUGGACUGAAGAGUCCACACUGUCACCUGGAGACUCUCAGACUGAGGAGGUGUAGACUGUCAGAGAGAAGUGGUUCCCUUCUGUCCUCAGUCCUCAGCUCUCCGUCCUCUAGUCUGACACAACUGGACCUGAGCUACAACAGGGACCUGAAGGAUGCAGGAGUGGAGCUGCUGUCUGCUGGACUGAAGAGUCCACACUGUCACCUGGAGACUCUCAGAUUGAGGAGGUGUAGACUGUCAGAGAGAAGUGGUUCCCUUCUGUCCUCAGUCCUCAGCUCUCCGUCCUCUAGUCUGACACAACUGCACCUGAGUGACAACAUCAAGCUGAAGGAUGCAGGAGUGGAGCUGCUGUCUGCUGGACUGAAGAGUCCACACUGUCACCUGGAGACUCUCAGCCUGAGCAGCUGUGGACUGUCAGAGAGAAGUGGUUCCCUUCUGUCCUCAGUCCUCAGCUCUCCGUCCUCUAGUCUGACACAACUGGACCUGAGCUACAACAGGGACCUGAAGGAUGCAGGAGUGGAGCUGCUGUCUGCUGGACUGAAGAGUCCACACUGUCACCUGGAGACUCUCAGCCUGAUCGACUGUGGACUGUCAGAGAGAAGUGGUUCCCUUCUGUCCUCAGUCCUCAGCUCUCCGUCCUCUAGUCUGACACAACUGGACCUGAGUGAGAACAGGGACCUGAAGGAUGCAGGAGUGGAGCUGCUGUCUGCUGGACUGAAGAGUCCACACUGUCACCUGGAGACUCUCAGGUUGAUACAGUGUAGGAUCUCAGAGAGAGGCUGUGCUUCUCUGGCCUCAGCUCUGACCUCUAACCCCUCCCACCUGAGAGAGCUGGACCUGAGGAACAACCAUCCAGGAGGAGCAGGACUGGAGCAGCUGCCUGCUGGACUGGAGAGUCCAGACUGGAGGCUGGAGACUCUCAGGCUGGACGACUGUGGACCAGAGUGGUUAAAGAUCUGACCUGAAGAAGUGUGAGUGAGUGUUUGAUCCAUGAGAACUGCUGGACUCACAAGUCUCUGACAGAGCAGCAGUGGUGAUGAACUUUGACCUUCUUCUCUUUCAUUGGUCAAGACUGACUCCGAGUCUCAGCAGCCGCUGCCGUCAUCAUGGAGAGUUUCCAGCUCUUCUGAGGCAGAGUCUCAGUGGAGAGCAGCACAGAGAAAGAGUCCUCAACAGCAGUCAGAGAAGAAGCCUCCACCCUCACAGAAGCUCUUCAUCUGUGGAGACGCUUCUGUCUUCAAUGCCCCAAACAGCUCAGAUGUCCAGCUUUUGCUCUUGUUUUCCAUGAGUCCUUCAUGCCACUUACUCUCUGAAGCCUUCAGUCGUGUCCAUGACUUGAACCCUGAUAUGAGCCCUUUGAUGUGGACACUUGAGGAGCCUGUGUUUUGGACACAUGGACUUUGUUCAUCACAUGUCACUGGCUGAAAUGAUCUUCCUCUGAAUGCAAACCGACAGAUGCUCAUGACUCAGUCGGAACAGGGCUGUUUGACUCACCAUGUGAUCUUCUUCUUCUCACCAAGGUAGUUCCAAAGACAAGACCAUGUACCUGAACAAUGUCUUUUAGAAGUCAGCAGUGACUCAGUGAGAAGCUACGGAGAAAUGGUGUGAUGAGGUCACCAGCUGAGACCUCCAACCACGGCCUCCUGAUAUGGUGUGGGAAGAUCAACCUGCCAUUUGAUGUCUGCAGGUCUUUCAACAAGCUCUGUCACGGCUCACUUUGCCUCGUUUUGGACUCAACUCUUCCACAGUGAAAGAACCUGUUUUGGAUUUGCUGCACCGCAGGUAGAGAUGGAGGAACCUGCUUUAAAGUUCAGACGACUUUAGCUUGUGUGGAAAUGUUGGUGACGCUGGUGAAGUGGCCGGAAAUAAAGGUUGGUUCUGUUCUGGAGUGGAACAAUGAGUUUCACCUAUUUCCUCCAGGUGUUUUAAUUUCUCUCUGGCUGUUUCCACCUCACCCUGCAGAGAAGACACUGCUUCAUUCAUCUGUGAGGAGAAAAUCCAGUUACCUAACAAGUUAUAAACGAUAUUUACAGUUUGGUGUCAACAGAUGUGUUUGGAGUGGUUUCUGUUGUGACGUCAAACAGCAGGCAGAAGGAAGGACCUGCGAUACUUCUCCUUCACAUGCUUUGGGUGGCUCAUCCUGUCACCCUCCUGCCCCCCACCUCUUCCUGAAGGUGGUGCUGUUGCUCAUGUUAUCUGCAGCUCUGGGGUUUAUUAUCAGGAGUCUCUCCCCACUGAGGGACGAGUCAAGGAUAUCUGUCUGUCUGUUGUUGAGAUGUAUGGAAAUGUUUGUGACACUGGCCAGAGUGCAGAAAAGAGUGUUAAUGGUGAAGAGCAAAAGUGUUUUCUGUGGAUUUCCUCCUCAGAAUAAACAGCAGUUGGAGCAACAUGGUCCUCCCUGACUGUGUCGUCUCGCUUCACUCUUGAUCAGCAGACGAGGCGUGUUCAGCAGCCACUUUGUUCCCAGCAGCUCCGCAUCCAUAGCCAAUACCUGCCACCCGGUUCAUACAGCGCAUGCUCAUUCCCACAGUGUAGCAUUCUGGGUCAUGAAGUUCAACUCACUUCAUAACAUCACAUUUUCCCUCCUAUAAAAAGAUAUGACGACAUUCUAAACGUCCCAGUCUCCUCAGCUUAUUACAGACACAACUGAAACUGCCAUUGCGAAAUAUUUCAGUGAAACUUUUUAGCUUUGAAAUGACCUACAAGCUCUAAACAUCCACAGCAACACACACACCGACAUUCCUUUUUUUUUUUUUUUCAUUACAAUAUAAGCAAGUAUUUAACAACUUUCAUUCAACCUCGUGGGUGGCUGCAUAUGUCUCUGCAACUUUGAUUGAUUGACUGCAGCAUUUGAUGGUCCGGACUCUGUUGCAACAUCUGAAUCUGAGUGGACAGAAGUGUCUGAUUCUGCUGUGUCAUGUUGAACAGUCUCCUUAGCUGCAAAGUCUUCCUUCGUUGUGUGUAGUUGAAGGUCUGUGUGGUUUCUCCUCAGAGACGAUCCCUUCUCCAUCUGAAUCCGAUAGAAACGUGGAGCCACUUCCUCUUUCACUUGUCCCUCUUGUCUCCAAGUGCCAUCAGAGGUGCCGCUGCGAUGAAUCUCCAUUUUUCUUUCCUCUUUUGUUCCUCCUUCGUGACUCUGACCUUAUAUGCACUUCUGGGCGUUAGCAGCUCCUCCUUCAUUGGAAGAAUGGAGUGAAUCCGCCUCUGCAUCAGCAUCUGGGCUGGUGACAGUCCAUUUUCUAGUGGUGCACUUUUGUAGAUCAGCCAGUGUCUCUGAAAGUCAUCUCUGUCCAGUGCUUUCUUCAUCAUCCUUUUCACAGCGUUCACAGAGCUCUCUGCCAGUCCCUUGGAUUUUGGAUAGUUCUGGCUGUAAUAUGUUGGAAAGCCCAUUCACUGGCAGAGGCAGCUCACAUGGGUCUUGAGACAGCUGAUGACUGCUUUGCUCGUGGUUGAUUGCAGUCCUCCAACUUCAGAAAUAAUCUGUUGUACUCUGAUGUAGUUCUUCUCUGUGUAAUGAAACAGAUCAGCUCCCACCUUACACUUACGGUCUGUGGGCCACAGGGCGACUCACGAGUGGCUCCGUCUGCUGUUUUUGCCUGUGGAUUAGACAAGGUUGACAUGCUGCGGCUGCUGUUUGGCUGUUUUCUUGAUGUAUUCUCGGCCAGUACAUCACUUCUCUUGCCUUGCGUUUAUGCUUGACUUCACCAAUGUGGCCUUCGUGGACCUUUGGAAGCCUUUGUUCACGUCGUGAGCAUGGAAUAACGAAUUGACUCCCUCUCAUCACGAUGCCAUCCGCCACUGGAAGCUCUGCUCUACAUUUCCAAAAGUCCUGUAUUUUCACUGGGCAGUCUCUCUUGUUUUCAGGCCACCCUGUCUGUAUCGUAUGUUGGAGCUCUGUCAUGGUUGCAUCUGCAUUGGUUUCUCUCCGUAUUUGUUCUGACCUGUCUGCACUUACAGGCAAUGAUGCCUGUCCACGUAUGUCUGUAUCUCACUGUCAGCAUUGUCUCCCUUAUCCACAGCCCUGGACAAGGUGUCAGCAGUGAACAUGUACUUUCCUUGUGUAUAUGCCAUGUGCACAUCAUAGUUCUGCAGCUUGAUUAACAUACGUGCAUAAACAGGACAGUCAUUUCAAGGUUUCACCAUGAUGGACAGGAAAGGUUAAUGGUCUGUUUCUAUUUCAAACGUUUGGUCAUAGACAAACUGAUGGAAACAAUCACAGGCAUAUACACUUACAAGAAGCUCUUUUUCAAUCUGUGCAGAAUCGGAAAACUUUAUUAAUCCCAAGGAAAAUUAUGUUCAUAACAUGCUCUGUACACAACAUAUCACAAUAAAAUGAAAAAGAAAUACCAUCAUAAAGUGCAAAAAGCCAUACAAAAGAGCUUAGAAACAAUGUGCAAGAAAAAGCAGAUUCAAGGACAUAGUGAACAGAAAAACGUGCCAACUUCACUGUAGUCUUUUCAGGGAUGAAUUGUACAGUUUUAUUGCCACAGGAAGAAAGGAGCUCCUGUGGUGCUCAGUCUUUGAGGUGGGUCGUCUCAGUCUAUUGGACCACGUGCUUCUGCACUGGACCAGGAGCGGAUGGAGGGGGUGGGUGAUGUUGUCCAGGAUGCUCCUUCGUUUCAGGAGCAUGCUUCUCUCCAUAACCGUCUCCAAGGAGUCCAGUUGGAUGUAAAACUCCACAUAGCUGGUUGGCGCAGGC